AUGGAAGUUUUCUGGCGCCUUCCGCUGACCUCCUCGUCGCAGUUCCGGAAGGAGGAUCGACACUUGGCCUUUGGCCUGGUUCCCGUGGCCAACGUAAGUGGGGCACGGCCGAUCUCCCAGAUUGCGGGUUGGAUUGCGUGCGAGCUGGUUCAAGAGGCCGCACCUGGAGCUGGUCGUGGGCUUCGAUGUGAAUCAGGCGCACUAGGUCCUGGAUGUUGCGACACGGGUGCGGUUGGGGACACGCGGAAGGAGGCAUUGGAUGAGGCGAAGUUGAGUGAGGAGCCGGCAGUGUUCGAAGGCCCGGCGGGCACGGAGGUGCGAUGGACUGGGCUCUUGUCCAUGGAGCCGGGAUCCAAACUGAGGCUCGUUGGCCCCAGCAACUUUCGGCUGACCUUUGGGCGGUCUCGCCAGGCUCUGCCAAAAGCAGUGCUGCGAAGCUCGGCGUGCCCGCCAGCUGGGGGAGCUGCAUGCGGUGAGGUGAGGGAUUGGUUUGAGGUCCUCUGUCGUCCAGGGAAGGCAAGUGUCACAGCGACGGUGGAGAUCCUGAGCCCUCCCCAGGGUCACGUCAACGCAGCCUGGGGCGCGCUGUGCUGGAGCCGCUUCGAGCGCCCCGAAAUAUGGCCGUUAAUCCGCGUGCUGGGCGACUGGGUCGAUGGAGGAGCUGGCAGCUGCCCCGCACCGACAUCGCUGCGCGUUCCCCCAACACACCUCCGAAACCGAGACCCAGACGCAGCUGGGACACUGCUGGAGCCGCCGCGCCUUGCGUUGCUGGUGGUGUUGGCAGUUCAGCCCGCGGAGAGUGGCGUGGGCUGCAUGACCCCCAAUUGGUCCCUGGUGGCCGCACUGGAUGAGGCCCUCUAUCGCAAUGUAGGGCCCCAGUAUGAGCUCCACGUUGCUCAGAUCGCGGCCGAGGAGGAGCUCGACUGCCUUGCGACUGAGGAUGUGCUCCAGAGCCUCUCAAAAGCCCCGCAAAAGGGGGUUGUCUAUUUCCUCAGCCCGCAGCAGGUCAAGGGGGCCUUCCGGACCAAGAGCUACCUCAUCCACGACGAGGCCCUCUUUGCCUUGAUGGACAGGCUUGAGAGGGCCGGGCUCCCGACGGUGUGGCCACACCCCUUGCAUUUGUUCAAAGCGCUGGCUGGCAAGGUGUGGCCACCCCAGGUAUGUCUGUCGCCUCAGUAUCACGUGCCGCUCACAACCUGUGUUCCUCGCGGCGCCGUGCUCGCAGACUCGCAGCUGGCCGCAGAGGAGGCUCUGCAAGCCCUAAAGGUUCUGCGUGAGGCCUCCGCGCGGCCUCCGGAGGUGUCUGGGACUGUCGUCAAGGUGGGGUUCUCUUGGAAAUCCGAAGGGGUCACGCUCUGCCAGGACCGCGGGGACCUAAAAUGUGCCCUGGAGCAUGCUGCAGAAGCUGGCAGCCACAGCUAUUUCAUGGUGCAGGAGCGUAUUGAAGACUUAUGUUGUGAGGCCAUGGUUUACGUACUGGGUGGUGAGAUCGUAGGCCACCCGCAGUACUACUCCUUUCCUUACCACAAGGCCCCGCCGCAGUACAUGCUGCGGAAGACAGCCGCGCAAAUGUUGGGUGGAGAAUCAGUCCAAAGAGACUGUGAGGUACAGAUGAAGCAGAUCGCUCAGCGGUGGAUAGUUUGGAUCCACGCUCAAUGCUCUACCCCCGUGCCCUUCUUUCGGGUUGACUUUCUUUUGGCAUUGCCUCGGGAUGCACGGGAUGUACAGAUAUGGACUGGCGAGGUCAGUGAGUUGGGCGUGGCCGUAUCGUUUCAGGAAAUCGAUGACCAUCAAAGCUGUGAUAUGGUCAUGGAUGCAGUGCUGCGUUCAGUGCUCAGCCCAAACAGUGCCGGUGCUGUGCAUCGCGAAUCGGCGCAUGGAUGCGAGUAUCGGGUCAAUCUGGAGGCCGCGAUCGCCGUGCAAGAGAUAUGGCAAGUGGAUGCUCCACGCCGUGCACAGCAGCGGAAGAGAGGCAGCACAGACAGCGGUAUGCAGCAGCAGGAGACACACAAGACACACCGCGAGAAGGGCAGUCAUGCUGCAAAACGUGCCGGAAAUCGUCUAAGUCUGCUUGGGCAUUGGGGGGGAGGGGGAGUGGGCAGGAACUUCGGGGAUUUGAAUGUGUGGGGACUCGUUCUGCGUCUCCGCCAUAUCAGACAGAGAUACAAAAACCAGAAGACAGUUGGUACAGUUGAUUGGGGUUUCCAUUUGCUGGGGCCAGCAGUCAGCGAGGAGCACUGA